AUGGGCUUAAUUCGUUUCUUUAAAGAGAAUACUAUAACAGUACGUAGCGAUAGGCUACUGGAUAAAGAAAGAAUCUAUCAUCUGGAUCUUUACAAUAGCUUCUCCACAUAUUCAACGACUCUUGGAAAUCUCCUCCUUCUUAUGGGCUCUGACGAGCAUAGCUCUCGCCAACGUGAGUUAAUUGUUGACCUACUCCCUCCUACUUCCGUGCGCUCUGAACCUCAUAGUCUUCCUCGUUCUGUUCAUCAGAUACUAUCUGACGAUGAAUUUAAUGAAGAACAACGUAAGGCGGUGUUUUCGGCAUUGCUCUGCAAAGACUACACUCUAAUCGAGGGUUUCCCAGGAUCAGGAAAAACAACUACAAUAGUUGCUUUGCUAAGAUGUCUUCUUGAGAUGAAAUGUUCCGUAUUGUUGACUGCAAACACCCACUCGGCUUUGGACAAUGUGUUAGCUAAGCUGAGAAAGCACGUAGAGCCAGAGAAAUUGCUUCGUCUUGGAAAGUUCUCGUCUGGGUGCAGUGCUGUUAGUGACUUAACGCUAGAGUCGAAAAUCAGGAGUGGUGAAGGCGACAAAUAUAUCCUUGCUAGGAACAUACUCAAGAACACGGUUUGUUCUACAUUGCACUUGAAAGCUUUUACACCUCGAGUUUUUUGUUGA